AUGCUAGCAAUCGCCUCCUACCUUGGUCGUGGUGCCAUCAAGGCUUUAGUGGCGGUGGAUGCCCGGCUACGGGAUUACCUCAUCCCUGAGUUGCCCCCUGCUGCACCUCGGGGGAGUGGACCUAGUGAUGCACUAGUCCGCUCAGGUCGUCGUCUGCCUAUUAUGACCAAGGGGGACAUGAGAGAGCACUUGGUAGCAAAUGUGAUGAAAGCUUCCGCAUCUCGCUGUUUGACCUCACCCAAGGCGGCCUCCUCGUUACCCCAGGAGCUGCUGGACUCGGGCUUCGAGCUCGCUGAGGAGGCAAGGCCUCAACUAGGGGAAGGUAGUUUUGCCAGAGUGUCCCUAGUAGUACGAAAGGACAAGUUCUAUGCCUUGAAGACGGUCACCAAGGGUCCACUUGAGGCUAGGAAUAUGGCCGAGCAUGUGAGAGCAUCAAUGAAACGUGAAGUUAGUCUCCAUUCCCGGAUGUGCACUCACCCCAACAUCGUAGCUCUCCACGACUAUUUUGAAGAUUCCAGGCGAAUUUACAUGCUGCUCGAAUGGUGUCCUUUUGGAUCGCUCUCGGGUGCCCUGGCCACCUUGGCUGUCGAUUCUGCUGUUAAGACGUUACCCCUGAGUAUCACGGCGCGGUCAUUGCUGAGGUAUUUACACGAUAAUGGUGUGAUCCAUCGGGAUAUCAAACCGGACAAUAUCCUCAUAUCAAAUCUAACACCAGGGGACAUACAAAUUCGACUUACCGACUUCGGUUGGAGUUGUCUCGAGAACGAUACCACUCAGAUUUACUCGAAGUGUGGUACGCCAGGUUUUGCCGCUCCUGAGGUCUUUGCCGGGCGGCAGCAGACCCCCGCUAGUGACAUAUGGAGCAUAGGAGCUGUAUUACGGAGUGUCUGUGGACCGGUUGAAACCUAUACGCGGUUCGAUCCUCGUUUACACGAUCUCAAUCAGAAACUCUCCCGAGUGGACCCACAGAACCGUCCCUCAGCAGAGGCAAUAGGCAGAGCCACACGGGGUCAGCAGAGGUUCACCGACAAUCAUAGGCCUGAGGUCACCCGUAUUGUCCCCGAGGUCACCUCAUUUGCACACUAG